CCGGCGACGGCGCUGCGUCACUGGCUUUCAGGCGCUCGGCUCCUGGAAACGGUGACUGCCGUGGGCCUCAGCGCUGGCCUCUCCCGCCCGGGGAGCCCGUCCGCGGCGCGAUGAGGCGCAGCAAAGCGGAGGUGGAGCGCUACAUCGCCUCGGUGCAGGGCUUCGCCCCGUCGCCCCGAGAGAAGUCAAUGAAGGGAUUCUAUUUUGCGAAGCUGUACUAUGAAGCUAAAGAAUAUGAACUUGCUAAAAAAUACAUAUCUACAUAUAUUAAUGUGCAAGAAAGGGAUCCCAAAGCUCACAGGUUUCUCGGUCUUCUUUAUGAAGUGGAGGAAAACAUAGACAAAGCUGUCGAAUGUUACAAGCGUUCAGUGGAAUUAAACCCAACACAAAAAGAUCUUGUGUUGAAGAUUGCAGAAUUGCUCUGUAAAAAUGAUGUUACUGAUGGAAGAGCAAAAUACUGGGUUGAAAGAGCAGCUAAACUUUUCCCCGGAAGUCCUGCAGUUUAUAAACUAAAGGAACAGCUUUUAGAUUGUAAAGGUGAGGAUGGAUGGAAUAAACUUUUUGACUUAAUUCAGUCAGAACUUUAUGCACGACCUGAUGAUGUCUACGUGAACAUUCGCCUAGUAGAGCUGUAUCGCUCACAUCAAAGGCUGAAGGAUGCUGUGGCCCACUGCCAUGAGGCAGAGAGGAACACGGCUCUGCGCUCCAGUCUGGAGUGGAAUUCGUGUGUGGUGCAGACCCUUAAGGAGUAUCUGGAAUCUUUGCAGUGUUUGGAGUCUGAUAAAAGUAACUGGCGAGCAGCCAAUAAAGAUUUACUUCUGGCCUAUGCUAACCUUAUGCUUCUUACACUGUCCACCAGAGACAUGCAGGAAAGUAGAGACUUAUUGGAAAGUUUUGACAGUGCUCUUCAGUCUGUGAAAUCUUAUGUGGGUGGAAAUGAUGAACUCUCAGCUAUUUUCUCAGAAAUAAAAGGACAUUUCUACAUGCAUGCUGGUUCUCUGCUUUUGAAGAUGGGUCAGCAUAGUGAGGUGCAGUGGCGUGCUCUCUCUGAGCUGGCUGCAUUGUGCUAUCUCAUAGCAUUUCAGGUUCCAAAACCGAAGAUUAAGUUAAUAAAAGGAGAAGGUGGACAGAAUCUGCUGGAAACAAUGGCCUGUGAUCGUCUGAGCCAAUCAGGGCACAUGCUGCUAAACUUAAGUCGUGACAAGCAAGAUUUUUUAAAAGAAGUUGUAGAAUCCUUUGCCAAUAAAAGUGGACAGUCUGCAUUGCAUGACGCUCUGUUUUCUAGUCAGUCACCUAAGGACAGCUCUUUCCUUGGUAGCGAUGACAUUGGAAACAUUGAUGUACAAGCACCAGAACCUGAUGAUUUGGCUAGAUAUGAUGUUGGUGCCAUUCGAGCACAUAAUGGCAGCCUUCAGCACCUUACCUGGCUUGGCUUACAGUGGAAUUUGUUGCCUGCCUUACCUGCAAUUCGAAAAUGGCUAAAACAGCUUUUUCAUCACUUGCCCCAGGAAACCUCAAGACUUGAAACAAAUGCACCUGAAUCAAUAUGUAUUUUAGAUCUUGAAGUAUUUCUACUCGGAGUAAUAUAUAACAGCCACUUGCAAUUAAAGGAGAAGUGUAGUUCUCAUUACAACUUCUAUCAGCCACUAUGCUUGCCACUUCCUGUGUGUAAACAGCUUUGCACAGAGAGACAAAAAUCUUGGUGGGAUGCAGUUUAUAAUCUAAUUCACAGAAAAGCAAUCCCUGGAACCUCAGCAAAAUUGCGACUUCUAGUUCAGCAUGACAUAAAUACUCUAAGGGGCCAGGACAAACAUGGCCUUCAACCCGCUCUGCUUAUACAUUGGGCAAAAUACCUUCAGAAAACCGGCAGCGGUCUUAAUUCUUUUUAUGAUCAGCGGGAAUACAUAGGCAGAAGUGUUCAUUAUUGGAAGAAGGUUUUGCCAUUAUUGAAAAUGAUAAAAAAGAAGAUGAGUAUUCCUGAACCUACCGACCCUCUAUUUAAACACUUUCAUAGUGCAGACAUCCAGGCAUCUGAAAUUGGGGAAUAUGAAGAAGAAGCACACAUCACAUUUGCUAUACUGGAUGCAGUUAAUGGGAAUACAGAAGAUGCUAUGACUGCUUUUGAAUCUAUAAAAAAUGUUGUUUCUUAUUGGAAUCUUGCACUGAUUUUUCACAGAAAAGCAGAAGACAUUGAAAAUGAUGCUCUUUCUCCUGAAGAACAAGAAGAAUGCAAAAAUUAUCUGAGGAAGACCAGGGACUACCUAUUAAAGAUUUUAGAUGACAGUGAUUCAAAUCUUUCAGUAGUCAAGAAAUUGCCUGUGCCCCUGGAGUCUGUGAAAGAGAUGUUUAAUUCAGUCAUGCAGCAGCUCGAUGACUAUAGUGAAGGAGGUCCUCUUUAUAAGAAUGGUUCUCUGCGUAAUGCAGAUUCAGAAAUGAAAUAUUCCACACCAUCUCCCACCAAGUACUCUCUGUCACCAAGUAAGAGUUACAAGUAUUCUCCCAAAGCGCCACCUCAGUGGGCAGAAGAUCAAAACUCUUUACUGAAAAUGAUCUGCCAACAAGUAGAGGCCAUUAAGAAAGAAAUGCAAGAAUUGAAACUAAAUAGCAGUAACUCAGGGUCCCCUCAUCGCUGGCCUACAGAAUGUUAUGGACCAGAUUCAGUGCCUGAUGGAUAUCAGGGAUCACAGACUUUUCAUGGGGUUCCACUAACAGUUGCAACUACUGGUCCGACAGUAUGUUAUAGUCAGUCACCAGCAUAUAAUUCCCAGUGUCUUCUCAGACCAGCAACUAAUGUUACUCCCACGAAGGGCCCAGUCUAUGGCAUAAAUAGGCUUCCACCUCAACAGCAUAUGUAUGGCUAUCCGCAACAGAUGCACACACCACCUGUGCAAAGCACAUCUGCCUGUAUGUUCUCUCAAGAGAUGUAUGGUCCUCCGUUGCGUUUUGAGUCUCCUGCCACAGGAAUUUUGUCACCUAGGGGUGAUGAUUACUUUACUUAUAAUAUUCAACAGACAAGCACAAACCCACCUUUGCCAGAACCAGGUUAUUUCACAAAACCUCCAGUUGCAGCUCAUGCUUCAAGAUCUGCAGAAUCUAAGGUUAUAGAAUUUGGUAAAACUACUUUUGCUCAGCCAGUGCCAGGUGAAGGAAUAAGGCCAUCGUUGACAGCACCUGCACACACAACACAGACAACUCCUUUUAAAUUUAACUCAAACUUCAAGUCAAAUGAUGGUGAUUUCACGUUUUCCUCGCCACAGGUUGUGACACAGUCCCCUUCUAUGGCUUACAAUAACAGCGAAAGCCUUUUAGGUCUUUUGACUUCAGAAAAACCUUUGCAAGGUGAUGGUUAUAGUGGAGCAAAAGCCAUUGGACCCCGAAAUACAUUUAAUUUUGGAAACAAAAAUGUGCCUGGGAUUUCAUUUACUGAAAACGUGGGCCCAAGUCAGAAGAAUUCUGGUUUUCGUCGAAGUGAUGAUCUGUUUACCUUCCAUGGUCCAGGGAAGUCACUAUUUGGAAUACCUGCUCCAGAGCUGGCCAAUAAGAAUCAUGAAGCAGAUGGAGGGAGUGCGCAUGGUGAUGACGAUGAUGAUGGCCCUCACUUCGAGCCUGUGGUUCCUCUUCCUGAUAAGAUUGAAGUAAAAACGGGUGAGGAAGAUGAAGAGGAAUUCUUUUGUAAUCGUGCAAAAUUGUUCCGUUUUGAUGCAGAAUCCAAGGAAUGGAAGGAACGUGGAAUUGGCAAUGUAAAAAUACUAAGACAUAAAACAUCUGGUAAAAUUCGCCUUUUAAUGAGACGAGAGCAAGUAUUGAAAAUCUGUGCAAAUCAUUACAUCAGUCCAGAUAUGAAACUGACACCAAACGCUGGAUCAGACAGAUCUUUUGUAUGGCAUGCUCUUGAUUAUGCAGAUGAGUUGCCUAAGCCAGAACAACUUGCUAUUAGAUUCAAAACUCCUGAGGAAGCAGCACUUUUUAAGUGCAAGUUUGAAGAGGCCCAGAACAUUUUAAAAGCCCCAGGAGCAAAGGUAGCCACAGGCACAAAUAAGGCUAUGAGAAUCGUAAAAGAACCUACAAGUCAUGAUAAUAAAGAUAUUUGUAAAUAUGAUGCCAGAAACAUGAAUUUUGAAUUUCAGGCAGCAAAGAAAGAAGGAUCUUGGUGGCACUGCAACAGCUGUUCAUUAAAGAAUGCUUCAAGUGCUAAGAAAUGUGUUUCGUGCCAGAAUCUAAACCCAAGCAACAAAGAAUUCCUUGGCCCACCGUUCGUUGAAACUGUUUCCUCUCUUAAAACUAGCACAGAAAAUACUCCAGAUAGGUUUGCGUUGAUCAUGCCAAAGGAAGUAGGUCACUGGGAUUGUAAUAUUUGCUUAGUGAGAAACGAACCUACUUCAUCUAAAUGCAUUGCAUGCCAGAAUACAAAGUCUGCUAGCAAAAGUGGAUCUUUAUUUGUCCGGCAACCUUCCUUUAAAUUUGGCCAGGGAGAUCUUCCUAAGUCUGUUAGUGUCAGAAGAUCUGUUUUUUCUGUAAAGGAAGGACAGUGGGAUUGCAGUGUAUGCUUGGUACAAAAUGAAGCAAACGCUACAAAAUGUGUUGCUUGUGAGAAUCCGAGAAAACAAAACUUGCCCACUUCUGUUUCAGCCCCUGCUGCUGCUUAUAAGUUUGGUGCUUCAGAGAUAAGUAAAACUCCAAAGAGUGGAGUUGACAACAUGUUUGCUAAAAAGGAUGGACAGUGGGAUUGUAGUGUAUGCUUAGUACGAAAUGAAGCAAAUGCUACAAAAUGUGCUGCUUGUCAGAAUCCUGGUGUACCGAGUCUGUCUGCUGCUGUUACAGCACCUGCCUCUUUUAAGUUUAGUACAUCAGAGACAGGCAAAGCCACAAAGAAUGGAUUUGAAGGAAUGUUCACCAAGAAGGAAGGACAGUGGGAUUGUAGUGUUUGCUGUGUGCGAAAUGAAGCAAACACUACCCAAUGUGUUGCUUGCCAGAAUCCAAGUACACAAAGUCAGCCUACUCCUGCUAUACCCACACCUACCUCUUCAGAGACAGACAAGGCCACAAAGAGUGGAUUUGAAGGAAUGUUCACCAAGAAGGAAGGACAGUGGGAUUGUAGUGUUUGCUGUGUGCGAAAUGAAGCAAAUACUACCAAAUGUAUUGCUUGUCAGAAUCCAAGUACACAAAGUCAGCCUACUCCUGCUAUACCCACACCUGCCUCUUCAGAGACAGACAAGGCCACAAAGAGUGGAUUUGAAGAACUGUUUGCUAAGAAGGAAGGACAGUGGGAUUGUAGUGUUUGCUGUGUGCGAAAUGAAGCAAAUACUACCAAAUGUGUUGCUUGUCAGAAUCCCAGUACACAAGAUCAGCCUACUCCUGCUAUUCCCACACCUGCCUCUUCAGAGACAGACAAGGCCACAAACAGUGGAUUUAAAGGAAUGUUCACCAAGAAGGAAGGACAGUGGGAUUGUAGUGUUUGCUGUGUGCGAAAUGAGCGUUCUUCCUUAAAAUGUGUGGCUUGUUCUGCCUCCAUGCCAGCUCAUAAACCUGUUGUGGAAGCUCCUUCAGCUUUCACAUUGGGCCCAAAAACUAAGUUAAAUGACUCUUCUGGAAGUCAGGUGGGAACAGGAUUUAAAAGUAAUUUUUCAGAAAAAUCUUUUAAAUUUGGCAUCACAGAACAAGGAUUUAAAUUUGGGCAUGUGGAUCAAGAAAAUACACCUUCAUUUCCAUUUCAGAGUUCUUCUAAUACAGACUCUAAGUCAACAGUAGAAGGGUUUAAUUUUUCUAUUCCUGUGCUUGCUGAUGGAUUUAAGUUUGGUGUUCAGGAACUGGGAAAUCAAGAGAAGAAGAGUGAAAAGCCCCUUGAAAAUGACAGUGGUUUUCAAGCUCAGGGUGUUAGCAGCAGUCAGAAGAAUGGGAGUGGUGUGAUUUUUGGUCAGACUGGAAGCACUUUUACCUUUGCUGAUCUUGCAAAGUCAACUUCUGGAGAAGGAUUUCAGUUUGGCAAAAAAGACCCUAAUUUCAAGGGAUUUUCAGGUGCUGGAGAAAAAUUAUUCUCAUUGCAAACUGGUAAAAUGGCUGAUAAAGCUGACACUUCUGCUGACCUUGAGAAAGAUGAUGAUGCCUAUAAGACUGAGGACAGUGAUGACAUCCAUUUUGAACCGGUAGUUCAAAUGCCUGAAAAAGUAGAACUUGUAACAGGAGAAGAAGAUGAAAAAGUUCUUUAUUCACAGCGGGUAAAAUUAUUUAGAUUUGAUGCUGAGAUAAGUCAGUGGAAAGAAAGGGGUUUGGGGAACUUAAAAAUUCUCAAAAAUGAAGUCAAUGGCAAACUUAGAAUGCUAAUGCGAAGAGAGCAAGUACUAAAAGUGUGUGCUAAUCAUUGGAUAACUACUACAAUGAACCUGAAGCCUUUGUCUGGAUCAGAUAGAGCAUGGAUGUGGUUAGCUAGUGAUUUUUCUGAUGGUGACGCCAAACUAGAGCAGCUGGCAGCAAAGUUUAAAACACCAGAGCUUGCUGAAGAAUUCAAGCAGAAAUUUGAGGAAUGCCAGCGACUUCUAUUAGAUAUACCGCUUCAAACCCCCCAUAAACUGGUGGAUACUGGCAGAGCUGCCAAAUUAAUACAAAGAGCUGAAGAAAUGAAGAGUGGACUAAAAGAUUUCAAAACAGUUUUGACAAAUGAUCAAACAAAAGUCACUGAGGAAGAAAGUAAGAAUUCAGAUGCAGGUGCUGCCCUUGUUUCAGACGUAACCAGCAAGCCGAAUCCUGAAAACACUGGGCCCACGUUAGAGUGGAGUAACUAUGAUUUAAGGGAAGAUGCUUUGGAUGACAGUGUGAGUAGUAGCUCAGUACAUGCUUCUCCACUGGCAAGUAGCCCUGUGAGGAAAAAUCUCUUCCGCUUUGGGGAGUCAACAACAGGAUUUAACUUCAGUUUUAAGUCUGCUUUGAGUCCAUCUAAGUCUCCUGCCAAGUUAAAUCAGAGUGGGACCACAGCUGGCAAUGAUGAAGAAUCUGAUGUUACUCAAGAUGAAGAGAGAGAUGGACAGUACUUUGAACCUGUUGUCCCUUUGCCUGAUCUAGUUGAAGUGUCCAGUGGUGAGGAAGAUGAACAAGUUGUUUUUAGUCACAGAGCAAAACUCUAUAGGUAUGACAAAGAUGUUGGUCAGUGGAAAGAAAGAGGCAUUGGUGAUAUAAAGAUUUUACAGAAUUAUGAUACUAAGCAAGUUCGCAUAGUGAUGAGAAGGGACCAGGUAUUAAAACUUUGUGCCAACCACAGAAUCACUCCAGACAUGACUCUGCAAAACAUGAAAGGGACAGAAAGAGUGUGGGUGUGGACUGCAUGUGAUUUUGCAGAUGGAGAAAGAAAAGUAGAACAUUUAGCUGUUCGUUUUAAACUACAGGAUGUUGCAGACUCAUUUAAGAAAAUAUUUGAUGAAGCAAAAAUAGCCCAAGAAAAAGAUUCUUUGAUAACACCUCAUGUUUCUCUUUCGACCACGCCCAAAGAGUCACCAUGUGGUAGAGUCGCUGUCGCUGUAUUGGAGGAAACCACAAAAGAGAGGACAGAUCUGCUGCAGGGUGACGAUGCAGCAGAUGUAACCUCAGAAGCUGGAGACAUGUCUGGUGCCUCUGAAACAGCAACUAAAGCAGUGGUUUCUCCCCCAAAAUUCGUAUUUGGGUCAGAGUCUGUGAAAAGCAUUUUUGGUAGUGAAAAAUCAAAACCAUUUACAUUUGGCAACAGUUCAGCUACUGGGUCUUUGUUUGGAUUCAGUUUUAAUGCACCUUUAAAAAAUAACAGUGAAGCUAGUUCAGUAGUUAAGAGUGGAUCUGAAAGACAAAUGGAACCUAAUAAUCUCGAAGAGUCAAAGAACUCUGAUAUUAAACAGUCUUCAGAUGGCAAAGUCAAAAAUCUCUUUGCUGCUUUUCCGAAGGAAGAGUUCUCAACUAAUUACACAUUUAAGACACCAGAAAAGGAAAAAGAGAAGGUAACACCUGAAGACCCCCCCUCAGAUGAUGAUGUUCUCAUUGUGUAUGAGCUCACCCCAACUCCUGAGCACAAAGCUCUUGCAAGCAAACUCCAACUUCCUCCGACUUUUUUCUGCUACAAGAAUAGACCAGAUUAUGUUAGCGAAGAAGAGGAGGAUGAUGAAGAUUUUGAAACAGCUGUCAAGAAACUUAAUGGAAAACUAUAUCUGGAUGACUCAGAAAAAUACAAACCAUUAGAAAAAAAUCUAACAGAAAAUGAGAAAGAAUGUAUUAUUGUUUGGGAAAAGAAACCAACAGUUGAAGAGAAGGCAAAAGCAGAUACAUUAAAACUUCCACCUACAUUUUUCUGUGGCGUCUGCAGUGAUACGGAUGAGGACAAUGGAAAUGGGGAAGACUUUCAGUCAGAACUUCAAAAGGUUCGGGAAGCUCAAAGAGAAGGAACGAAGGAGAGGAAGAGAGAGAAAGAGAAGCAUCAAUGCGAGAGCGAAACAUUGAUUGAUCGUCUGCCUCCCAAAUCCCAGAAUGAGGAAAAAGCUAGCACAGCUGACAGUGUGUGUGCAGAUGGGACGGAAGUGACUGUACCAUUUUUAUGUAAAUCUGAAGAACCUGAUUUUACAACCAAUGCUGUUAGUUCACCAUCUAUUUUUUCUGGAACUGGGGACAAACCUGUAGAUUUGUCUACUAGAAAGGAAAAUGAUGCAGUUUCUACAAGCCAAGUGGAAAGCAAAAUGAUCUCAUUUGGAUUUGGAAGCAGCGCAGGGCUGUCAUUUGCAGACUUGGCUUCCAGUAAUUCUGGGGAUUUUGCUUUUGGUUCCAAAGAUAAAAAUUUCCAGUGGGCAAAUACUGGAGCAACUGUAUUUGGAACACAGUCAACCAGUAAAGUUGGCGAAGAAGAAGAUGGUAGUGAUGAAGAAGUAGUUUAUAAUGAAGAUAUCCAUUUCGAACCAAUAGUGUCAUUACCAGAGGUAGAAGUAAAAUCUGGAGAAGAAGAUGAGGAAAUUUUAUUUAAAGAGAGAGCCAAACUUUAUAGAUGGGAUCGAGAUGUCAGUCAGUGGAAGGAGCGUGGUGUUGGAGACAUUAAGAUUCUUUGGCAUACACUGAAGAAUUACUAUCGGAUCCUAAUGAGAAGAGACCAAGUCUUUAAAGUGUGUGCAAACCACGUUAUCACCAAAACCAUGGAGUUAAAGCCCUUGAAUGUUUCGAACAAUGCUUUAGUUUGGACUGCCUCGGAUUAUGCUGAUGGAGAAGCCAAAGUGGAGCAGCUUGCAGUGAGAUUUAAAACUAAAGAAAUGGCUGAUUGUUUUAAGAAAAAAUUUGAAGAAUGUCAACAGAAUUUAUUGAAACUCCAGAAGGAACAGGUAUCACUGACAGCAGCAGACUUAUCAAAGGAGACAAAUCCUGUGGUGUUUUUUGAUGUCUGUGCAGAUGAUGAACCUCUAGGACGUAUAACCAUGGAAUUAUUUUCAAACAUUGUUCCUCAAACUGCUGAGAACUUCAGAGCACUGUGCACUGGAGAGAAGGGUUUUGGUUUUAAGAACUCCAUUUUUCACAGAGUGAUUCCAGAUUUCAUUUGCCAAGGUGGAGAUAUCACCAAACAUGAUGGAACAGGAGGACGGUCCAUUUAUGGAGAUAAAUUUGAAGAUGAAAAUUUUGAUGUGAAACAUACUGGUCCUGGCUUACUAUCAAUGGCUAAUCGAGGCCGGAAUACCAAUAAUUCUCAAUUUUUUAUAACACUGAGAAAAGCAGAGCAUUUGGACUUGAAGCAUGUAGUAUUUGGGUGUGUUAAGGAUGGCAUGGAUACUGUGAAAAAGAUUGAAUCAUUUGGUUCUCCUAGUGGGUCUGUUAGUCGAAGAAUUAGUGUCACAGAAUGUGGACAGAUAUAAAAUCAUUGUUUUUCAUAGUAAAUUUUAUCUGUAUAAACAGUUGAAUUGAAGCUUAGCUGUUACGACAAUAUGGUAAUUAUGUUCAGCUUUUGAAAAUGGACGUUUCCAAUGUAUAAAUGUAAAAUUGCAGCUUAUAGCUGUUGUCACUUUUUAAUGUGUUAUAAUUGACUUUGCAUGGUGUGAAAUAAAAGUUUAAACACUGGUUUA